AAGGCCCUGUGAGACUUGUUUCAUGCUCGUCUUGUUCCUGGAAGAUAUUUUCAGAGCAGAGAGAGUGUUUCUGGGGAAAUGCAGAUAAAAGGUCGUAGGUGACCCUUGACUGAACCUGAACUCCAUUUACGAUGUGAAAGGCAGCUGUUGCGCAAAAGAGACCAUCACAGUCAAACGCUUUCACGCAUGAUGCGUCAGAGGUAAAGUGACGGGCAAGUAAUACCAAACAUCAUGUUGAGAAAAUGCUUCAGUGAUGUAACACUUUGCUGUCAUGAGAUUUAUCUUGCACCACUCUGAGCUGCCCCCAACGCUUACCAGUUCGAGAGCCAUCAAUUGAUUGCUCUUUAACAUUAACACCACUUCUUCAGUAUGAUGUAGUCCAUAACACCCCCAAAGUAAAUCCUUUAAUCCUGUCACAAGGAUUAGAAUAUUCAUUUUCAUAGGAUCAGCAAUGCUGAAUUAAAUGGCCUUUUUGUAAAUUAUGUUUGGGCUAUUGCUUAAAUAUAUCGGAAAUUACCAUCUGUUUCUUACGGAUCGUGACAAAAGAAAUGACAAAAAAAAGUUACUGAAUGAAAACUAAUGAAAAAAUAUUUUGUAAUUUUAUUGUGCAUAGGUCUCAGCCAAAAAUGAUUACAGCAAUGUAUUGUGCCUUUUGUUUCAUGACAGCAUGACAUUUGGAUUAUUACGCAAUCCCUUCGAAAAUAGGUUCGUUUAUGGAAGACAUUUGAGCUUGUCUUAAUCUUUUGGUUGAAAAUGCUUUUUAAUCUUUGUCACAUUUUAUCCAUUUUUAUAUGCAAUAAUUUUAGUCAGUGAAAAUUUAAGCCUUUAGUCUAAUUUUAGUCACAUUUUUCACCAUGUUUUAGACAUUCACCAGCCCUGCAUGUUCACAAAAUAACAGUAGCAAAACGAUAUCAGCUAAGCUAUCGUUAACCUGACGUUAGCCAGCAUUUCAUUUGUGCCAAGUAUUCCGCAUAAAACUUUAAACUUCCUAUGACAUUUAUCACAGCUGAUUUUUGAGUACCCAGUACAUUAUACGCAUAAUAAGACUGCAACAAACUGAAUUAUAUGUAUAUUUUUCUGUUCUCCAUUGAUGUUGAGGAGUUGUGGCACACAAAUCAUCCUCUGUAAUUCAAUAAUUCAGUUUCUGUCCAUUUGUAAGAUGUCACCGGAUGUGUCCUCGAUUUCGCUUGUAAAACUGUCCAAGCAUAUCCCAUCAAAGCUAAUUGUUUAUUUAGCUCUAGGUGUCAUGCUCAGUGAUCCAGACUCAAGAAGCAGAAAUACUAGCAAAGGAAAAGAGCAGAGAGCAAUCAGAGUUCACGGCACUCUUUAAACUGGACAAAGAUGUUUUCAAAAAUGAAUUGGGUAUUCAUUCAUCUUUGACCAAAAGCGUACACACUCAUUAGUUUUAUUUAAAAAGUUCAACAUUAUUUUACGUAGGAAUUUGCCUUUCUGUGGUUGAUACUUUGCCACCUGGCAGUGCAGUCUGGAAACACGACAAUCCAUCCAUUACAUUAAUUUAAAAAAAAAAAUCAUUGGUCCUACUCAUGGUCACGGGAAAGCUGAAGCCAAUCCCAGUUGACCGGACGAGAGGUGGAGUCCACCCAUGACUAGUUGCAGUUUCUCUUCCCUGUUAAUUGAUUCGACAAUCAGAGCUAUAGCAAAAUAUGUCCAUUUAUAAUUUUGUAUGAGAGGGUGAAAGAUCAUUUUUGUGGAUCACUAAGCUGAUGUACAAAAUUUUACUUUGCUUUCAAAUUUAAAAUGUGCUAAUUUUGGCUGAAUCAUAAAGAGGGCACCCGACUUGUUUACUGACAGCUAAACUGUUCGGUUGCCGCUGUGCAGGUUGAUGUAUGACGUCAAAAUGGAGUUGUGUAACACAACUAGGCCCCCAAGAACCCCCACACUAGAGAUUUUAUCUUCUCUUCUUUUGUAAUCCAACUAAAAGGAUUGAACUGGUAUUGAUUGUUUCCCCAGGUCCCACCAUGUCAAGAUGACAUGUUUUAUAAUGCACUCAGUUUGGUGCAAGAAUAACAAAUUCAAGUUCACAAGAGAUUAACUUGUGAAAUGAGGAUGUGGAGGCUAAAGUUGAACUACAUAAUAAUGCAGCCCAGGUUGCCUCAGGCUUUUGUAUCUCAUGUAAUGCAUUUUGAGAUUGUACUGAACCAAUUACUUUUUUUUAAUAUUCAUUGAUUAUGCUGCCUUUCCAUAAAAAUAAAUAUUUGCAUUACAGUAUUUUUUAGUGUGAGAAUGGACGGAUAAAUGUUAAUAAUAUGUGUACACAUGAUUGAACGAAUGACGGACAGAAGCUUGUGUAAGUCAAGAUUUUUUUUUUUUAAAUUGGGUGUUUACAUCAUUAGAUGUCAUGGGGGGCACUUUUUCAUCAGUGCAUGUAAGACUAAGCACUUCCUAAUAAGAUUUAAAGCCAAUGUAUUAUUACUCAUAUGAAAAAAAUGCUAUCGACUGCUAUUGACUUUUACUUUGGAAGAACCAACCAGAAGUAGCUUAGUCUCCACUCAGGAACUUGGCAGCUGAUACGUCAAAGCGCGCACACAGAUUGUGAAGAGUUGAUGCUGUGGCAGGGUCAGAGACGAUAGUAAGUACAGUUCAGCAAAAAGCAAACGCUGCAUCACGGGAUUAUUUGACUUUUUCUUUCUUUUUUCUUUUAUUAUCUUCCCGUUGUCACUUUUUUCUUCAAGCACUUGCUUCCAACGUGAAACAACUUCUUUUUGAGCAUUUUUUUUUUUUUACCCAAUAAAUCUCGGCGGGAGUGACUGAUGACCGAUCAUCAAAAGGUGAGAACAAGAAAUCCCCCCGCUGAUGGCAGUGAUGACGAAUGAGACACACCCAUCAUAUGUGCCCCAUUACCUCCUCCGUGGUGAUCCUUUUGCCUCCAGACUCUCAAAAGAAGCAGACAUUGUUGCAGCUUUUUAUAUCUGCAUUAUAGGUGUUAUGUCCGCAACAGGGAAUGGCUAUGUCUUGUAUCUGACGAUCAAACGCAAAACUAAGUUGAAGCCUCCAGAGCUUAUGACUGUGAAUUUAGCCAUCUUCGACUUUGGAAUAUCAGUGACAGGAAAGCCCUUUUUUGUUGUUUCUAGUUUCUCCCACCGUUGGUUGUUCGGUUGGGACGGCUGUCAGUUCUACGGCUGGGCAGGCUUUUUCUUCGGCUGUGGGAGCCUCACCACCAUGACUAUGGUCAGCCUGGAUAGAUACCUCAAGAUCUGCCAUCUCAGAUACGGGACUUGGUUGAAAAGGCAACACGCCUUUCUCUGCUUAAUCUUUGUCUGGAUAUAUGCCGCCUUUUGGGCCACCAUGCCCCUGGUAGGCUGGGGAAGCUAUGCCCCAGAACCAUUCGGGACCUCCUGCACCUUGAAUUGGUGGUUGGCGCAAUCCUCUGUGGCCGGCCAAAGUUUUGUAAUGUCUAUUCUCUUCUUCUGUCUUAUCCUUCCAACUGGAAUUAUGGUCUUUUCCUAUGUGAUGAUUAUCUAUAAAGUCAAAUCCUCCGCAAAAGAAAUCUCACACUUUGAUGCCCGAAUCAAUAACAAUCAAAACCUUGAGAUAAAACUUACAAAGGUGGCCAUGUUGAUCUGUGCAGGAUUUUUGAUUGCCUGGAUCCCAUAUGCGAUUGUGUCAGUGGUGUCGGCAUUUGGGGAGCCGGACUCGGUGCCCAUACCCGUGUCUGUCAUUCCUACACUGCUUGCCAAGUCCUCGGCAAUGUACAAUCCAAUCAUCUACCAGUUAGUGGACCUGAAAAACUCCUGUUCACCUUUCUGCUUAAAGGCCCUGGGGAAACGCAGGCCUUUUCGAAAGCCCAGAUUCUACACAAUUUCUGGCUCAAUAAAGGACACACGAGCACCCAAAGAAACUCAGGUUGAAAUGUGAGACAGACAGAACGUUUGGGCUGCUUGCAACAGUUUGUCUUCUCCCCGUCCGUUUUCACUUUGCCCAUUCACACGCUGCCUAUCGUCAACAAUGUCAUUAUCAAGCUCUUAUAAUUAUCCCUAAAUUAUGAUUACCGUAAAUUUCUGACUAUAAGCCGCGACUUUUUUUGCAAAUUUUGAACCCGGAAUCACGAGUUUUAGCUAGUGCGGUUUAUAGCCCAGUGCCGUUUAUAGCCCGGUGCGGCUUAUAGUCCGAAGAUUACGGUACAUCUGGCUCGUUUACACCUGCAACACAACCUUGGUGUCCUUCCUCCAGCUUCUCUUCCAUCACAAAUAAUAUUUUCCAAGGAGGUGAUAUCGUGAAAUGUCUUGACUCAGUUUUACAGUAUUUUAAGCAAACAAAUAUUGACUCAGGAUUGAAGAUAUUUUGGAAAGGUUCAUUGAAAGUUAGAAGUUAAGUAUGGACUAAGCAAAUGUUACAUUAAUGAUUAUUGCUGGAAUUAUAACAACAAAAGUAAAACAAUAAAUACAGUACAUAGUGUCUGAGUCCACAUCCAAUUUGUUAUACUGGAUCAAAAUUUUGGGUGUAACUGGUUUGUUCAGUCUUCUGCACUUCUACACAUGUGGCUUGUGUACAAAAUAAUGUUUGAACUAGCACUUUAUUCCAUCUGGUUGUGUUUUUUUGCAUUUGAAGAGGAUCUGCGUCCGAGAGGUGAGUUGGAAACUGUCACAAUGCAGAACUGGUGAGAAUUCAGAGUUAAGUCCCACCAAAAGCCUCACUAAAACAUAUGAGUGCACUUUAUUUGCAAAAAUUAUUUUGUAUGCAUUAGAAACGGUUAUGUUUCACAAAUACUUUUGUAAAUUGUCCCGGUAAUUUUCGUAUGAAACUGUUCUCUUUCAUGAUUUGAGGGUUGUUGUUUUUUAAUGAUUCCAUAUGCUUAUCUGCUUUCUUGUGUUUAACAUUUAAGCAAAAAAAUAUAUAUAAUAAUGCAAGCAUUGUAAUUUGUUAAUGAUGACUCAGUACAAAACAAAUGGGAAUCCCUCAAAAUUUGGGAUUUGGUUCAGCAAUUUACAACAAAGCGUACCAUAUUUUCCGCACUUUAAUUUAAUUUAGCCUUUAAUUUUCUCAAAAACCGAAAGUGCGCCUUUUAAUAAGGUACGUCUUUUGUGUGGACCGUAUUACAAAAUCUGUAAACGGUUUAAUAUGUAGGCGUAAUAUGUAGACCCGAUGAAUCAAUCAGAGGAGAUUACAUUUUACAUAAAUCGGGGCGGUAAACCAAUCAGAGGACUGUACACAAUACGUAGAUUACGUACCUCCGCCGCCAUUGACAAAUAAAUACUAUCGAAUUCAUUUGCGCCCUAUGUGUAGAUUAAAUUCAUCAAAGCCCCCGCAAUUGAGUCUGCACCUUUUAACCCGAUGCGCUUUAUGGUACGGAAAAUACGGUACUACUUUUCUAAAAGUGAUAUGAGGAUUAAACUGCGCGUAUGGAACAUUUAGAAAGAAUCAAAACAAAAUUUAGUGAGGUAAUAGAAGGCUUUUGUACGUUCCCCUAGAACCGUUUUUAUUUGCUUUGUUGUAAUUAAGGCACUGACAAUCAAUGACACUAAAUAUACUUAUGUGUAUUAGGUUUUGUUGAUAAAAGGAUUUGCUAAAUAUAGAUCGGGAUUUGAAAAGUGAUGUUUACACAAUUCACAUUUAUCUUCGGUAUUAAUUAUCUUCCAGUUCACUUCAAUACAUGAAGCUUCUACUCAUCAAGAACGUGAAUAAGCAUAUACAACAAAAUGAACAAGUUCUUUUAGGGUUCUUUUUUUUCAAUGUACAUGUUGUGAACAACCAUAUUCAGUAUUUCUUUGAUAAUUUUCACAUAUGCACUUUGUAAGCAGCAAUAUUCAAAAUCCUUCUCAUAAACUAUUUUGAAAUUAUACAGUACUUUCAUUCCACUUCUUUUCACUGUCAUCAUAACAGCUACUGUAUGAGAUACUCCACAUGAAGUUAAAUGCUGGUUUUUGUUUUUAUUAUUUUGUGGGGUCUAUUUUCACUUUUUUUUUUUUUAUUUGCUGUGUAUUAAAGGAAAGUAGAAAUCAAUGUUAUUUUUCUACAUCACAUUUAUACUCGGGUGAUGUUUCCUGCUCAAAGUUGUACAUCACCAUUUGGCAAGAUUUUUGUAAAAGUGUUGUGUGAAAUGUUUUUUUUGCGCGUGACAACACCUAGCACUAAGCACACGCUUCAAUCUCAAGUGUUUGGCCAUCUUCCACUGUCUUUAACACCUGACUGAGCCUUUUGUUGUAAUGUUUUGUUGUCUUGUUGUAAAACAUAAACAUAAUUGGUGAUGUGUCAUUAAUACACAUCUUUCAUGUUAAAUGUUAGUUUUGUUGUUUUUUGUGGUAGCUGUGUAGGAAUGAUGUUGCACUUUUCUGUAACAUCACGACAGGAUGAAUAUGAAUUACAAAAUAAUUCUUUACUUGCCGCCAAAAUCUCAUUAGCUGUUUUGUGCUCUGACCUGUAUUCAAGUUUCAGUAACACCAUUUAUUUUUUUUCCAGAAAAUAUGCGAAUUCUGCUUUUUAUUUUUACAUCACAGCAGCAUUAACUAGAAUUUAUUUGACUUAGUGACAUCAGUGUCCUUCAACUUGUUUAAUAUUUUAAAAGUUUUGAUCUCAAAGUAUAUUGUACAAAUGUUCUAUGUUUUUACUGAAGAAAGAUAUUCUUUACUGGCUACUA